GGGGGGGGGCUGAGCUGGGGCCUCCCACGCCCUCGUCCGGGAGAACCACUUCCACUUCCCAGGCCCAGAGGCUCCCGUGGGCACGAUCGUGAGCCUCCAGGUUUCCGAGGCCCCUCUGGUCCCAGCCGGGCUUCUCUCCGCCUUCCCGAGGAGCCUGGUCAGAGCGCACGGUCCACAAACGCUGCACCUGACGGCUGCCCCACCCCAGCGGGAGAAGUGGACAUGAGGUUGGCAGGUCCCCUCCGCAUCGUGGCCCUGGUCAUCACCGUGGGCCUCACCUGGCUCGUAGCCAGCAUCCUCCUCGGUGGGCCUGGCGGUGGCUUUCCUCGCAUCCAGCAACUCUUCGCCGGCCCAGAGAGCUCAGCGACUGCAGAGCCGAGGGCCAGGAAGUACAAAUGCGGCCUGCCUCAGCCGUGUCCCGAGGAGCACCUGGCCUUCCGCAUGGUCAGCGGAGCUGCCAACGUCAUUGGACCCAAGAUCUGCCUGGAGGACAGGAUGCUCAUGAGCAGUGUCAAGGACAACGUGGGCCGGGGACUGAACAUCGCCCUGGUGAAUGGGGUAAGCGGAGAGCUCAUCGAGGCCCGUGCCUUCGACAUGUGGGCGGGAGAUGUCAAUGAUCUACUGAAGUUUAUCCGGCCGCUGCAUGAAGGCACCCUGGUGUUUGUGGCUUCCUACGAUGACCCAGCCACCAAGAUGAAUGAAGAGACCAGGAAGCUUUUCAGCGAUCUGGGCAGCAAGAAUGUCAAGGACCUGGCCUUCCGGGACAGCUGGGUGUUUGUAGGGGCCAAGGGUGUGCAGAACAAGAGCCCCUUUGAGCAGCACGUGAAGAACAGUAAGCACACCAAUAAGUACGAAGGCUGGCCUGAGGCGCUGGAGAUGGAAGGCUGCAUCCCCAGGAGGACCACGGCCAGCUAGCGGCCAAGCUCGAGGACCAGACUAAGUGAGGCUGUGUGUACCCAGCCGGAGGAGGCGCCGGCACAGCGCUGAGGCCCGACCCCACGCCCAGCCAGGAGCGCUCCGCCCCAGCACAUCAGGGCUCCGAGGCGGUGACCAGUGACCAGACGGGGCCCAGCGGUGGGGCUGCGCUGCGGCCCCGUGGCGCUUUGUCUGGGGACCCCAGGUACCCAUCUCCUUUUCCUAAAGCUGCUCUGCUGGCCAACACCCACCCAAGUCCCAAGCGCCUGCGGCCCCAAGUCUAACAGCAGCUGCCUGGCAGGUCGGGGCAUCUUCCGGAACCUCUCCGUCCCAGAGUGGCUCGCUGCUCUGCAGGCCAGUCCUGUUUCCAGUGUGAUUCGUUCUGCUGAGCCGAAUGUGGUGGCCACUCCCGGCGCCUGGCUGCCUCCUGCCUUGCUCUCGCGGAAAGGGGUGACGCCUGGGAGCCAGGCAGGCCGGGCAGUGAGGUCGCCAGCCCGAUGGCAGUUCCUAGUGUGGCGGGUGGCAGCUCCUGCAGUUUGUCUGUCAGAGGGCCCGCUUUCUAAAUGACGUCUUAAUAAACUGGUGGCCCCCGA